AUGCCCGACGUCGCAAACGUCGCGAGUCCUCGUUCCGUGUCGGAAGUCUUCGGCGCGCGCCAGCGCGGCUAUUGUGUGCAAGCACGAUGAACGGCGGCUCCACCACGGCGCGUUGCAACGGGACGACACCCGCGCAGAGGAGAUCGCACUUCGAGCAGUGGGACGCUACGACGUAUGGACACAGCCGGAAGCACAGUGACAGCACGGAGUUCAAGGAGAUGUCCAAGGCAGACGCCCAGGCACACCUGGCACAGGAGCUCGACAAGCUCUGCCGCACGGCAAGCGCUGCAGAGCGCGAGACCAUUGAGGCCGAGUUUCGGGGCUUCCAGCACCUCUUCCACCAAUUCGUCAAGGACGCCGGCCCUUCUAUUGUCUGGGACAAGAUCCAACCUGUGCCCGAGAAUGCUGUCAUUAAGUACGAAACGCUGCCAGCGCCCACCGAGGAGGAGGCCAUCCGGUCGAUGCUCAACAAGCUGGUGGUGGUGAAACUGAAUGGUGGCCUUGGCACCAGCAUGGGCUGCAAGGGCCCUAAGUCCGUGAUCCCCGUCCGCAACGACCUCACCUUCCUCGACAUGACUGUGCAGCAAAUCGAGUACCUGAACAAGACAUACAAUGCCAACAUGCCGCUGGUGCUCAUGAACUCGUUCAACACUGACGACGACACGUCCAAGGUUCUCCGCAAGUACAAGGGUUUCAAGGUCAAAAUAUACACCUUCCUUCAAAGCAGGUAUCCCAGGAUAAACAAGGAGACCCUCAUGCCCAUUGUGACCUCAAUGAGUAUGCCGUGCGACGAAGGCUUCUACCCUCCCGGCCACGGAGACUUCUACGCGUCAUUCUGCCAGUCGGGGCUCAUGGACCACUUUCUGACGGAAGGUCGCGAGUACUGCUUCAUCUCCAACAUUGACAACCUUGGUGCCACGGUCGAUCUCAACAUCCUGAAAAUGCUUCUGUCCACGAGCGGCAGUCAGGCCCCAGACUUCGUCAUGGAAGUUACCGACAAAACGAGGGCCGACGUCAAGGGUGGCACGCUGAUUCAGUACGAGAACAAGCUUCGUCUGCUGGAAAUUGCACAGGUUCCCAAGGAACAUGUCGAUGAAUUUAAGAGUGUAAAGAAAUUCAAGAUCUUCAACACAAACAACCUGUGGAUGAAGCUGAGCAGCAUUGGCCAGCUUGUUGAGACUGGUGGCAUCGACAUGGAGGUCAUCGUUAACAACAAGACUUUGGACUCGGGCAUCAACAUCAUUCAGCUCGAAACGGCAGCUGGAGCAGCAAUGAAGGACUUCCAGAACGCCAUUGGCAUCAACGUGCCGCGCAGUCGUUUCCUCCCGGUGAAGAAGACCUCUGACCUGCUCCUGGUGAUGAGCAACCUGUACCACAUGAAGUUUGGCACUCUGGUGAUGAGCCCCAAGCGUGCCUUCCCCACUGUGCCCCUCAUCAAGCUAGGGGACAACCACUUCUCCAAGGUUCGAGAUUUCCUGAACCGGUUUGCCAGUAUACCAGACAUUCUGGAGCUGGACCAUCUUACUGUGUCUGGUGAUGUCACUUUUGGCAAGGGUGUCUCCCUCAGGGGCACAGUGAUCAUCAUAGCCAACCACGGUGACCGGAUCGACAUCCCCGCAUCGGCCGUUCUCGAGAACAAGAUUGUGUCUGGCAACUUGCGCAUCUUGGACCACUAAGCUGGCAGCGGACAUGCGGCAGAAAAAAAAAAAAAAAACCUCUUGGAGCCCUGCAGUUAUCAUGUUGCGCCCCUCCGACCACCUCUUUUUACUUGUCUGUGCUAUGAACUUCUCGUGUUGCGAAUUAGUAUUUAUGUGGUUUAUACAAUGAUACCCAUAUAUUUUCCUCUCGCUCGUGUUGUAUUAUGUCUACCAAGCCCUUUCGCGUAGGUUUAUUGCUGGCAAAAACCAACGUAGAAAACACAAGAAAGGCUAGACUUGCCCGUUUAGUGUAGUAGAUUUAGCUUGGACUAUUAGCUGGAUGAUGUUUUGAUGGCAUUUAUAGGUGAACCAAAAGCAAAUGUGUAAUGCACAAGGAAGCAAACCUUCUACGAGCAUAUUAUACACGAUUGACAUCAUCUUUGCAGCAUGGUUUGUCGUGACGCGUUUGUGUCAAGGCUGUGACACAGUCACGUGGUGUAGUUGUGCCAUGGUUAAAUGCAAUUUAAUGCGUACGCCUGACUGACAUAGUAGUCGCAGCAUGGUCUGUUGUGACAUGGUUGUCAUGACCAUGACAUAGAUGUUUCACGACCGUGACCUCUUUGACAUCAGUGGGGCAUGAUUGUGAUGCAGUCACAUUGUUAACCACUUGUGGUGCAAUCAUAUCGCAACAUAGCCGCACUGUGGUUCUGACAUGGUCACGGCUGCUCGUGGCAUGAUGGUGCCACAAGUGUCUUGUGGCAGACCUUGCAAACAUCUGUGUCGUACAGUAGUGUAGUACAGCAGAAGUCUCAGCACUAAUCUGGUGCUAAUGUACGGCAUUGUUUUCGGAGGUGUAUAUUUGAAAAGUGUCGACGAUGCUAGUUUACGCUAUUGUAGUGGUUCACCUGCUGCAUAAUUUGUGAAAUAAUGCGUUGCAUCCCAUGCUUGUUUGCAUGCAUAUAAGCGUGUUGGCACCCUGAAUUUCACACUGUGCCAUUUCUGUCGCCGGAUCUCCUAGUCUGAGCCAAGUUAAUAAGAACAGUGAUAACUAUGUCUGUCGUUUUCGUCUAGCUCUUUUCUGGACGCCAUUUCUUAAGAGAUAUUCGUGCAUGAGCUAAGAAACUGCACGGAUCAAGCUCGCACUUGUGCCAUAAAUAUUGAAAGAACCGCUUGAAACUUCGUGGAAAAAAAAAAGAACUGUUACAAGAGAGCACUGGUCACAUACACCUUGUGCCAUUUGUUUCAGCAGAGGUGUAAGCCUCGUCUUUUGAUGAGCCAUCAAGUCAGCGAUGAGUCUAAUCAUUUUUUUAUUUACAUCUUUUUUAAAGCAUUUGGACAUUGUAAGCCGGUCGUUGUACCCCUAGAAAGCAGGCUUUUGUUGUCCGUUCUGAACUUCAUUACCCAAGUGACACCAGGGUCGGCCGUCGAUGGAAUUCUCAUUUAAAACAAAUUAUUUUUACAUUUUAACAUUAUUGUUGUUGUACUGGGCUUAGUUCCUUUUCAUUUUGUAUCGGGUCUAAUAUAUAUUUAUCUGGGAAACUUGGGAUGUGUUGUACGUCAUCUUGCGCUUAUGAUGUUUGCGGAAGGAACGCAUAGCAGCGAAAUUUUACUUAAUGUGCGUUGCCACAUGUACAUCUGGUGUUGGAGCAGGGGUGACUGCGUCCUGGUCAAGUGGAGGCAGUGCUAUUUUUGCAGUCUUAAUGUGUUUACCUGUGCGAGUAUUUCAACAAAUGUCUCCAAGAGAAAGGAAUUGCGUAGCAAUCCACCAACUGCAUUCAUCGUCGAAUCUGUCUACGGUUUGCAGUUAUGUACAAAGUAGGAAGUUCUUUUUUUGUCUUAGAUCAUGAAAUAAAUUAUUGUUGAAUUCUCCAUG